UGCGCGGGCCCUGGAGGGCGGAGUCCAGGAGGGUGCCGGCCGAGGGAGGGGGCGCGGCGUCGGUGAAGUCCGGCGCUCCCUCAGGCCGUGGAGGCGAUGCUGGCGGCUGCGGGGCCCGCGGCCGGGCGGACCGGCAUGUGACGGGACUGCCCCUUGCCUCUCUUCCAUCCUCGGGCCGGCAGGUCGCUGGGCGACCGGCAGCCGGGCCGCGGCAGGAGGCAGCGCGACCUCUGCACGAUUCUGUCAAGUUUUAAGAAUCAAUGAAUCAUAUAGCCCAUGGAAGAAAAAACACAAAUCAAGACAUUUUUGGGUUCCAAGCUGCCAAAGUAUGGAGCGAAAUCUAUGAGAAGUACACUUCAACCAAUGCCAAACGGGGCCCCUGUGACAUUAUUAGGGACUUCAAAGAAUAGUAAUGUCAAAAGUUAUAUUAAAAAUAAUGGCUCUGAUUGUUCAUUGUCCCAUUCAUUUAAUUGGAGAAAAACAAAUAAAUACCAACUUGGUUCACAAAACACAGCAGAACUUAAUAAUAUACAGAGUACACACGAUAGACUGAUUGAUCCUGAACAACAUGCUCGUGCUCCAGGAAUGCUUGAUGGGAAUGGGAUAAAGGGAAGCUUGAAAAGUACUUCCUUGUUCACGUCCAAGUUAGCAAGACCAUCAACCAUGUUUGUGUCAUCUGCAGAGGAGUUAAAUCAAAAAUCUUUUUCUGGACCAUCUACUAGUUUGGGUAAAUUCACCAAAGGCACAUUACUAGGAAGGACUUCAUAUUCUUCAGUCAAUGCGAAGUCUCAUUUGAAUACGUUUUACGGGAACCGGCCACCUGGUAACAUGCAGAAGCCAAGAGUGAACCCUUGUGCCAGCAGAAGCAGUUCUGGGGAGAGCCUGGCACAGUCCCCAGACAAUAUUAAGUCUAUUACUUGUGAAAAAAUGGUAAGGUCACAAAGUUUUUCACAUUCCAUUCAGAAUUCCUUCCUCCCGCCUUCAUCUAUAACCAGAUCACAUUCCUUCAACAGAGCUGUAGACCUUACAAAGCCUUAUCAGAACCAGCAGCUACCUGUUCGAGUGCCUCUCCGGUCAGGUAUGCUGACAAGAAAUUCUCGGCAGUCAGAAGUACUCAAUGGGAACGAACACUUGGGGUUUGGUUUUAAUAGGCCUUAUGCUGCUGGUGGGAAGAAAUUGGCUUUAUCAAAUGGCCCAGGUGUAUCUUCCACUUUGGGUUAUAGGAUGGUUCAUCCCUCUCUGCUGAAAUCCAGCCGGCCUCCAUUUUCUGGGACCAUGACAGUCGAUAGUAAUAAAAAUCCACCUGCUGACAUGUGUGUAGAGGAAGAAGGUGUAGCUUUGGACAAAGACAGCUCUACUGGUAAGGACCAAGAACUAAUUGAAAAUGAAAGUUACCGAACAGAUAAUGAUCAGACUAUGAAGCAUGAAUCUAAAAUUAGGUACCUGAGUGAUGAUGUGGAUGAUAUUUCCUUGUCGUCUUUGUCAUCUUCUGAUAAGAAUGAUUUAAGUGAAGAUUUCAGUGAUGAUUUUAUAGACUUGGACGACUCCAAUAGAACUAGAAUAACGCUAGAGGAAAUUACUCUCAAAGAAGAAAAGCAUGAAAAUGUACCAUCAAAGGAUAUAUUUGAUUCUCCUAAGGAAAAUGAACAGAUCUUCAGUAAAGCUGAUGAAUGGAUAGAUAUAAGUGUCUCUGACAGGAGUGAAUGUACAAAGCAUACCUCUGGAAAUAACUUGAUUUCACCAGAUACGGAUUACAGAGCUGGUUCUUCAUUUGAACUCUCUCCAUCUGAUAGCUCUGAUGGAACAUACAUGUGGGAUGAAGAGGGCCUGGAACCCAUUGGAAGUGUCCACCCUGUUGGCAGCUAUGAGUCCUCCGAAAUGAACAGCAUAGAUAUUCUGAAUAAUCUUGAAUCAUGUGACCUUGAGGAUGAUGACCUUAUGCUGGAUGUGGAUUUGCCGGAGGACACACCUCUUGAAAAUGUGGAGUGUGACAAUAUGAACCGCUUUGACCGAUCAGACAGAAAUGUACGACAGUCGCAGGAUGGAUUUUGGAAAAGGCCAUCACAGAGGUGGAGUGGACAGGACCAUUACCACCUUAGCCAUCCUGACCACUAUCAUCACCAUGGGAAAAGUGACUUGAGCAGAGGCUCUCCUUAUAGAGAAUCCCCUUUGGGUCAUUUUGAAAGCUAUGGAGGGACCCCCUUUUUCCAGGCUCAGAAGAUGUUUGUAGAUGUGCCUGACAACACAGUGAUACUGGAUGAGAUGACCCUCCGGCACAUGGUCCAGGACUGCACAGCUGUGAAAACACAGUUACUGAAACUUAAACGUCUCUUGCAUCAGCAUGAUGGAAGUGGAUCAUUACAAGAUGUUCAGCUAUCAUUGCCAUCCAGUCCAGAGCCAGAAGACGGAGAUCAGAUAUAUAAGAAUGAAGAUUUAUUAAAUGAAAUAAAAGAACUUAAAGAGGAAAUAAAGAAAAAAGAUGAAAAAAUUCAACUAUUAGAGCAUCAGCUUGCGACCCGGUGUAACUGUCACCAGAAAUCUAAAGAGGGCAAGUGUACAUAUGCUGAUAAAUACACCCAGACACCCUGGAGAAGACUUCCUCCUCAAGUACUACAGCCUUCCAGCAGCCUUCCCAGACCUACAGACCACGCCCAGGGAAAACUAAUAAAGCCACAACAUAUCGAGGCCCACAGUGAAUAUUCAGUCCAAGGCAUGUGUCAGGAUGGGGCACAUCCAGAUGGAAGCUUUACACAGGGCUUGCAACAAGAAAACAGCUGUGGUUUGGAAGAACGCCCUUGGUCAUCAAGCCCACAGCUGACAGUGGACGUGGUGCAGGACAUAGCUUCUGAAGCGAGUCUGAGCGUGACUGUGGAUGCUCAAGAGCCUUCCAAGGAUCAAACUAGUGACAAGCAGUUCGUAACUCCUCCUCCGCAGACAGCUUCCCAGUCAAGUACAGUGGACCAUACUAAGAGGGUUGGAAGAAACCAGUCUCCUCAGCCCAAGUCCUCACAGCUCUCAAAGCCAUCCAUCUUAAGUUCUUCAGCACUUUCUCCAGAUUCUGAUUCAUCAUCAAAUAGGACUUCCACAUGUAAGAAGGCACCAGUAAUCACACCAUGCAAUUCAAAACUUCAGCUAGUAUCUAAUCAAAACAAUCUUGCAAACCACUUGAAUCUGAAAACAUCGAAACUUCGUCCCCCUUCUGGCUCUUUCAGACAAAAACAAAUAAGCAAUCCCCAAAUAGAACCUCAAAACUCCCAGGCCAAGACAAGCAUCCCGAGGCCAUUAGCACGACCAAAAGAACUACAUAGUCCACACAGCAAUUUGCAUUCUGGGGAUUGUGUGGCCUCUAAUCGAUAUUCUCGUCUUCCUAAACCAAAGAUACAUUAAGAGCAUAGCCAUCACCUGCCAAUUUGUUCUUUAAAAGCAGUCUGCUCUGUAAUAGCUUUAUGUGCAGUUUACUACUAUGUUGGAGGUUCCAUUACAGCAAAUCUUAACAUUAAAGUGCAGAAGCUUCUACUAGUUUGGCUCUUCCAUUCUAUGUCCUGGUUGAAUUAUAUACCAUUUGCACAAACUUGUCUCAGGUAAACACAGGUUUACUUAUCCAUCUCAGAGGCCCAAGUCCCUAUUCAUACUAUCCAGCCCUCUCUCUGCAUACCAGAAAAGUAAAAACAUCCUAUUUUCCAGGCAAGAUAUGUACUUUGCUGGGUUAGUCCUGUCAUGGUUUGUAAUAACUGUGGUUAUCAGAACCCCACCCCUUUGCUUAUUCCUCCUGUGAACAUGGCUGCUGUGUGAACUAAAGAUCCAUAGUGAUGAUGGAAGAUGGCUGUCCGUGAGCAGGGUUCUGGCCAGUGUUUUAUAUUUUUAUGAGGUCUAUGCAAAAGCUCCACAGUAAAUAAAGAAAGACCAGGCUUUUAAUGGGGGGAGGGGUCCUUAUUGGUUUUAUCUCUCCUUUCUAGGAUCAGUAAUCUAGUGCUAUUGUUUCUCCUUUUAUCAGACAAAUUUCCAGGCUGACAGUUUUUAUUAUCUUCUAUAAAUCAAUGCGAUGUUGCUAUCACACCUUGUUGUUGCUGUCACACACAUAUGAUUUGCUUUUAUUGUCACUUACGUUGUAUAUUUGGGGAGCUGAGGUGCCUGUGGUGUAUCAGUUGUAACUUCUGUUGGUGCUAGAGUUUUGCAGGUAAUUGAGUUAACCCUAUUAACGUACAGAUCUAUCAGAUUACUUUUAAGUUUCCUAACAUAUAUUGAAAAUUUUAAAUUAAGUCUUUAUUGUAAUAUUUGUAUUUAUUGACUUUUUGCUAAUAUCUGAAGACUGGAAUAAUGGACUUGAAAUAUUUGCACAAAAAUUUGAUGGGAUAUGAGGGAUUUAAAGCUUAUUUUCUAUAAAAAAUGAGUUAAAACACUGAGAAAAAUAUAUAUGUUUAAGACUAUCAUAAGUCACUUUUCUGGGUUUCCUAAGUUUCCCUUUUCUGAUUUUGUAAGUUUAAAUGACAGUUUCUUGAAAAGUAGAUUUGGGGGAAAAAUUAAUUGUAGGUAUGAAACAGUACUUCGUUAAGAGAUACUGCUACAGAUGUGCUACCAAAGGUAGCUGUGGACCUCCAGGUAACUGUGUACAGGAACCCCAACUGUGCUGCUGGCCACUUCUAAAUAGCUGAAUAAUUUACCGUACGUUAUGUCUGCCCGAACUGUGUCACCUUAGGUUAGUGAGCCAUAGUUCAUUUAGAAGAUUUUUCAGACAGAUAACUUUACAAGAUCAGUAUCUGAUUAACUGACCAAAAUGUAUCAAAAGGAAUUAGGUCUGUGGCUUCCUUUUCAAAUGUCCCUGGGUUACAAAGAGAAACAUGGUAUCAGAUGCAUCAGUGCAAAGGUUCAUAGUCACAUUUGCUGCCAUCUGGGGCCAUUCCUCCCUUACUGUCAAAACCCUUCAAGCGAAUUUGCCAUUUGUAGAUGCAGACCUUUCUCCGGUUUGGGGGGGCACGUGAGCACAGGCUUAUACCACAGCACCUUAGUCAGAGAGGAAGCUAAGAGCGCCCUGCGUGUAGGCUAAACGCUAUUGAGUCAUCACUGCUGUGGGCGAAAGCGCUGCUGCUUCACGAAACCAGCCAGCCAAUCCGGCAGCCGUAUGUGGGCGUGUGCUUCCCCUUACAGAGACUGAAACUUAAUCUCACGCAUCACAGGUCAGCUACAAUCAUGCUCUGUUCUCUGCAAUAGAACAUACUAAUGGAUUUGUGUUUGUUUGUUUUUUUAAUUAGAAACUGGUAUAGACCUUUAUGAAAUAACUUUUUCAAGUUGGCCUUAUUCUUAGGUGAAAGUAAAAAUUUUAAAAUUUAUUUAUAACCCUCUUGUCUGAGGGAAAUGUCUUUGUCUGUUGUAUAAAAAUGUCAACUCCAGGAAUUUGUUAAUUCUAAUCCUUGGCUCACUUUAAUUUUUUUCUCUCUGAUGAAUCUGCAAACAUGUUUAUCCACCAUUAUACCCUUUAAUUCUUUGUUGAGCCUCAGUACUGAUAGAUGAUAUAGGCAGGCUCAUCAGUAUAAUUUUAUUUUUGAUUCAAGAGCCUCAUGUGUGCCAGGCUGGCCUCUAACUCACUUGUAGCCAAAGAGUACCUUGGAGUUUUGAUUUCCUGCCUCCAUCUCCAGAGUGCCAGGAUUAGUCAUGUGCCAUCACAGCUGCGUUUAUGUAGCACCGGAGACUGAGUCCAGGGCGUACUUUGUGCUAGGCAAGCCCUCUACCAAGUGAGCUGCAUUCCCAGCUCUUGUCAGUACACCUCUGAAGCAUAUUGUAUGCUUCAGUACAUUUCCUAGGGAAGAUAUCUAGGAUGCAUUCAUAAACAACAUAGACUGGUGUCUGCUCUUAGUAACAGUAGGGCUCAGCACUGCUGAAUAAGCAGAGGUCAUUUUCUCGAUCUGGCUUGGUCUCUUGAUUGCAUUUGUAAACCAACUUGCUGCCCACAGGAACAUAGUUAACUCACUCUGUUCUGUCAGGGAAAACAGUGGGAGUGGGUGAAUUCUAAGUGUUAAGGGUGAGGUUGGUUAAUUUUCACAUGCAUGAAAGAGAAAAAAAUACAGGAUUAUUUAUUUGGCUUUUAAUAGGAUAUGUUUCAAAAAAAAAUUUUUUUGAGCUAGAGUUUUCCUGUGUAGCCUUGAGUUUGUUCAAAGAAUGCUUGGUCUAUGGUGUUUAUUAGCAUAGGUACAGGCAAGAUUUCAAGGUGUCUGACAAAGGAUUAUAGAGUUGUAUCGCUUAGAAGAUUUCUUAUCACUGAAACCACCUACCUGUUAUUUUUCUUUUGUAGUCUCAUUUUCCAUUUGUGCAGUAUUUCCAGGCACAUCAACUACUGUUUGUUGUAUUUAUAUAGAUGUUAGGGAACUUACUAAGCAUUUUAGUAAGCAAAAAUCUGAGUAUGAAAGAAAAUAUCAGAUAUGCACUUUAAAUGAGCUUAAUUGCUUGGAGUUGUGCCUGAAAUAUCAAAAUGCCUCCUCUUGGUGUGGCUUUAGUGAAAUGAACUUCUCUGUAAUCAUUGCUGUUUGAGGGUAGCUGUGCAGCCUUUCACGGAACUGUAUCCCAGCAUGCCACUUUGCUCAUGAUAGCACUAAGUUUUCUUUAAAUGUCCAUUGUCCCUUUAAGUAUUUUACUCAACCUAUCAGACACAGCUUGAUCGUCAUAACUGUCACUCCCGAAAAGACCUAUGCCGUUGAUGGUGUCCCAGACGUAGGUGCACUCCUGGUUUGCUACCACAGUGGUUCUGCCAGUUUCCCGAGGAUGCACCGUGGGGUCAAAAGAGCUUGUACUGAAGGCAAGUAAGACUGCAGCACCAUUUCCAUACCCUCUCCAUUCACAGCAGCUUCCGUGUUGCUGAGUUACGUCUGCACGCUUAUGCACACAUUUGAAAAUGAAGUAUAGCUGUAAUAUAAACAGCUGGGUUUUCCUUGGAGAUCACCUAUUUCUAUGCUUGAGUUCUACUUUCUGUUGGUCUUUCCAUCUUUCCUUGGGUCUCUUUAAGUUUGUGCUGCAGCAAUUUGAGAGGAUAUGUUUGGACAGAUGAUUAUGAGGUUUUUAUAAUUAUGUAAUUGAUUAAUGAUUUGAGUCUUCACUUUGUUGAGUAAAAGUUGCCCCUUUGUUUUUGGUAGAGCAUUGCCAUGAUGAGUAAUGCUUGCCUUGAGAACUUAGUCAUGACUAACUCAAAUCAGAAACAGUAUCUGCAAUGUUGUUUUCCCCGUUGAUUUUACAAUCCAGUGCAGAGUACAUAAUGUAUAUUACAAUUUGCCUGUAAAAUGAAUUAUGGAAACCAGAUGUAAAGUCUCUUUCCUGAAAGUGUUGGCUUAGUAAAUAAAAAAUAAAGUUCAUAAUUAUGAAAA